CAUUAGCCACUCGUACGCAUAACUUUCUACAUCAUUAUAUUCAAACAGUCUCGGCCGCGCCGUCGGCAUGGCAUCACGUCUUCGCUAUUUGUGACGACCACGACGAUCAAGGUCAUGAUUAGACCAUUAACGCCGUCACCAGUAUUUUUGUCCGUUACGAAAUGAUCACGUCAUCAACGAUUACCUCAUACCUACCUAUUAUUAGAUAACUACGCAAGCCGGCAUCAAUUCACGCCCUAGUAACCAAUUCUCAGCGCAACAAAACGAACGCGUCCGCAAAAAUGGGGAAAUACGUUCUCUCCUAUUUCCUUGCGACCCUAUUCGUUGCAGACUGUUACAGAAUUCUCGGCAUAUUUCCAUCACUGGACCGGAAUAAUUAUCUGACUUACCGUGGUUUGUUUAGAGAGUUAGCUACGCGCGAACAUGAAGUGACUCUGAUUACACAUUUCCAACUCCCCAAUCCACCAGCCUCGUAUAAAGAAGUGCUGUUAAGUGAUCAACAAGUGUAUAAAGGAUUAUCAUAUGAAUCUGUGAUCGUGAAUGAAGUGUCGCGAGUGCCGUUCGAAACACUAGUGUCGACUAAGACGGGCAACGACGACUGCAAGAAGCUAAUGAAUAACAAUCAAGUACUGCAUAUGAUAAAGACGCGACCUCGCUUCGAUGUCGUUUUAGUGGAGUCGUAUAACAGCGACUGUGGCAUAGCAUUGGCCGCCAAUCUGAGCGCUCCGUACAUCGCUUUCAAUCCUCAGCCCGUCCAAGCGUGGCAGUACAACAGGCUCGGAAUCAAUUUCAAUUCCGCAUCCGUACCUUUAGCUAGCCUUCCGUAUGGAAAGGAUCCUUGGUACUUUGAUAGAUUGAAGAGCUAUGUUCUAUAUCACAUUGCCAAUUGGGUGUACUACGUUGGAUCGCAAGUAACGGAUCACGUAUAUUUGUACAAGUAUUUGGGAGAUGAUUUGCCGAGUUUGGAGAGCAUGGCGGCGAAUGCCAGUUUGGUGUUUGUAAACACGCAUCAGUCAGUGUUUGGCGGUGUUGCCAGGCCUGAUAACGUGAUUGAUAUCGGUGGCAUUCAUGUUAAUCCGCCUAAAGCAUUACCAACUGAAAUUGAAAGAUUCAUAAACGAGGCGGAGCACGGCGUUAUAUACGUAAACUUGGGCUCCACAACCAAGGACUCGACGAUGCCAGCUGAAAAACUAAGUGAACUGUUAUCAACAUUCAAUAAAUUGCCUUUAAGAGUACUUUGGAAAUGGGAUGGAGGCAGUAUUGAAAAUUUGCCAAGAAACGUGAUGACUAUGAGAUGGUUCCCGCAGUACGAUGUUUUAAAACAUGAAAACGUCAAGGCGUUCAUUUCUCACGCCGGUAUUCUCAGCACAGUAGAAGCACUAGAUGCUGGUAUACCAGUAGUGGCUGUUCCUCUCUUCGGAGACCAGUAUGGCAACGCGGCAGCUCUCCAGGACGCUGGAGUGGCUACCGUCGUCUCUUACCAGGAUUUGACGAAGGAUUACCUCUUGAACGCUAUCAAUGAAGUCUUGGAUCCGAAUACCCAGCAACACGCUAAGUUCAUGUCCAGAGUAUGGCACGACCGUCCAAUGUCGCCUCUAGAAAACGCAGUAUACUGGACAGAGUACGUCGCUCGAUACAACGGCGCGCCGAACCUCCAAGCGACAUCUGUGAACAAACCCUGGUACCAGCAACUGCAGCUAGACGUCUUGGCUUUCAUAGCUUUAGUAGUGUAUGUUAUGAGCUACGUUUUGCGCAAAAUCGUCGGGGCGCUGUGCUGCUGCUGUUAUAAUUCUGAGACGAUCAGCGAUGAGACGGAGGAAAGGAGAACUAAACGUGUUAAAUUCGAAUGAAAGAAUUAAGAAAAGUGGGAGAAUUCAAAAGUAAUAUACUUGCACUUGACAGAGAACUCAAAUCAGCCUUUUCUGAUACUAGAACAUUUUCUAGUAGGUACAGAAUGUAAUGGAAAAAGUGAUAGUAAUGGAAGUUAUUGAGUGUAUUUUACAGCACUUGUAUGAUUUUAUACUGAUGACUAAUGCCACAUGUAAGCUAUGUAGGUAUGUAAAUAUUUUUGCAUUUGUGGCUUUUUGCCUUAUUUAGGAUUCGGAGAAACAUGUAACGAGUAUAGGAAUAAAGAGGCUUAACUGUAAGCGGUGUAUAACUAAACUAAUAAGUAGGUAGUUACUAUAAAAAACAGGUAAUUCCUGGUAUCUCAAACGCCUGUAGAUAAUACAUUAUUUUACCUGCACUUUAUUUAUGCCUUGUGUUCGGUUGAGUUUCUACGUCAUAUUACAUUGACUUUAAUUGCGAUGUAAAAAUAUAGGAUAUUUUGUACUGCAAGGUACUUACUCAACUAUUUACUGUCUAUUUCGGUAAAUGCUCAAUUUUUUUUAUUUCACUUUCAUGGGUAAAUGUAAUUUUGGACGCAUUAAUGCGAUAUGAUCUGCUUCCCAGUAUCCUCUAAGAACUGUAAUUUUUUAUAAGAAACCUAUGUAUUUAUCAGUACAGUCGUUAAAUAAAUAUUUUA